UGUGAAAUAGGGGACAUUUUGGUGCUAAAAAGGAAGGUUUUCUUUGACUAUUAGAGUAUUUUAAAUUACCCAGAGUUAACGGAGGAUAAUGGGGGAGCUUCUGCGUUCAGAAGCCGUGGGAUGGCCUCAGGCCUGCAGACGGUAGAUGUAGAGUUAUCGUUAAUAACAGUUUUAUUUCCUUUUAGCUGUAGCUGUAGUAGUAAUGCAGAAGCUGUAGUGUAAACCAGCACCCAUAUGCCACGGUGAAGCAUGGACGGGUGGAGCCCAAUCGUAGCUACAUCCUCAGACAAUGAUCGCUCCAGCUCCGAGGGGGAGUACAUGGUGGAGCCCGGAGCCGGAGAGGAGCAGUGGGAGACGGGCAGAGAGCUGCGGACUGACGGGGAGACGAUGAUGGAGGACGGGGGCUCAGCUGCUGUCGGGUUCGGGAUCAGUGGAACCGGGGAGGGGAAGGUGGUGCUGGGUCGGUUCGGACAGAGAGACGAUAAAGAGCUCAAGUACCUUCACCUCCUGUGGGAGCCCGGACGAGCCGAGCUCAGCCCCGGGGGAAUGUCGAGCAAGCUGGGGAAGAUGACAGGGAGCCGGGCCAGGAGGCACCAGAGAGCCGUGAGGAACCUCGGUCCUCUGGGCCAAGAUAUUUACGCUACAAAGAGACUGAGAGAGGCAGCGAACAGCAACGACAUUGACACAGUUCGAAAGCUCCUGCAGGACGACAUUGACCCGUGUGCAGCAGAUGACAAGGGGAGGACAGCGCUGCAUUUCUCUUCCUGCAACGGCAACGAGGGCAUUGUGCAGUUGUUGCUGAGUCACGGCGCUGACCCCAACCAGCGAGACAGUCUGGGAAAUACCCCCCUCCAUCUGGCGGCCUGUACCAACCACGUGCCUGUAAUCACCACUUUGCUGAGAGGAGGAGCUCGUGUGGACGCCCUCGACCGAGCAGGCAGGACGCCGAUGCACCUGGCACGCUCAAAGCUGAAUAUCCUCCAGGAAGGAGAUUCACGCAGUUUAGAGACACUGAGAGGGGAGGUCACACAGAUCAUUCAAAUGCUGAGGGAAUACCUGAACUCGAUGGGACAGAGUGAAGCUAAAGAGAGGCUGGAGCACAUUUCUACACAGCUGCAGCACACACGCACCAAAGAACAGGUGGAUGAAGUGACGGAUUUAUUGGCCAGUUUUACGUCUCUCAGUCUACAGAAACAGACUUUGGGUGACAGGUAGAAGACGGUGUUAAGAGCUGAAGUACAGCGUCUGCUCCGCUAGCCUCCGUCCAGACAAGAGAGUUUAUCUAUGGUGAGAGGGUUGUUCUAAGUUGUAAAGAAAAUAUCAUCCACAGUAUUAGUAGACAGUCACAUUUGCAUCCUCUGUCUUGUAAACAAAGGAAAGAUGAAUAUUAGGGCUGUAACAACACCUGGUGAUGCAAUUAAAAAGAGAAUAAAAAUAUAGAUGAUUUAAAUCAAUUGAAAGCACAUAAAUAACUUAAAUGCUUCUUUUUACCAGCAGAGGGUGCGCUCUGCUUUUCUGCUGCCCUUUUUGACAUCAGUGACAAAAAAUAGCAGCAUAAAAAAUGAGAAAUAUUACAUUUUGGGAUUUUACAGCUAGAAUUGAAAUGAAAGAUUUGUGUUUACAUAAAUUUACUGCAAUCCAGUCUUUUUUAUUAAAUUAAAAUCUCUCCAAUCAUAGAAUUAGUUCGUAAAAUCAUGCUGGGCAAUCAAAUAUGUGCUUUGUAUUGUAUUGUAUUGUGAGAUGAGUGCAUUGUUACAUCUAACUCUUCAGCCCACAACCCCCAAAGUAACAAUGAUCAAGACCAAGGACCCCCAUGGUCACUAAGGGUGCUUGAGGCAUAGCUGUGCCAUUCAAGAAAAGCUAGUGCAGACCUAAAUUUUAAGGAUUUUGUAAACAUUACUUUUAUUUUUAGCAUAAAUCUCACCAGAUGACCAUAUUUUAUUUCAAAUUGAACUGAUUGUAUGCAUAUAUUUCUAAAAAAUGGGAAAAACGUACAAGUUAAAUCUAUUUUAAAAUAUAUUUUUUAAGGCAUCUUGCAACCCCCCUCAGUGUUUCGUGACCCCCAGGGGGUCCCGACCCCCACUUUGGGAACCAUUGCCCUAAUCUACAGUAUUACUAGACAGCUACAUUUGUAAACUAAGGAUUAACGUUAGUUAUUUUGUUGGGAUUUAAAGUUUUGAUGAAGCCCGACUUUAGCUACAGGAAUUGCUAACUGUGCUAAAAUAUGUUGUUAUGUUGGUUUAAGUUAAAUCAUAUUUAAAUGUUAAUUCCAGUACAAAGAUAUUGCAUAUGUCUGUUAAAAUUCUGGAUAGAAAACACCAUUAUGUGUGAGCCUUUCAGAAAAAGGACAAAGAAAAACCAGCUAAGGGGAAAAGCCAUUAGCAGGAGGCUAACGGGCAGAAGCUAACCUACAGGUGGAGGCUGGCUUCAGCUCUUUUGUGUGCGUGUGAGACGGACUGUUUGUUUGUACGUGAGUGUUUAUGUUAGUCACUGAGAUGUGUUGACAUUUUCUCUGUUUGCCUGCCAACAGUAGCUUACUUUGAAGAUAAUUAUGAGACGUACUUUUCAUGAAAGUAUUGAAGUUUCCACAGUGCUAUUUUCACUUUUCUUAUUGACAGCAUCUUUGUAUCUUGUUGCCUUUUUCUCUUGCAUGUCCUGUUUUUAUGUGAAAUGUGCUGUAAAAAUUGGUUACGCUGUUGAUGAAAAUGAAAAUGUGUGAAUCAAUAAAUCAAUAUG